AUGAGUCGCCGUAGUAAGAUAAUUGCGUUAGUUUUAGCUAAAAGUGAAAUUACGGACAGUAACGCAGAAGACGAACAUGUGAACAAUCGAAAUAAUGACGUUGAGAAUAAUGUACCACUGGAAAGGAGGAUGUCACCAAAUUUUAUCGAGACAGGAAAUGAUUUACUAAGUUUUAAAUAUAACCUAAGACAACGCACUCCGGUAAAAAUACAGAAUGAUCAAACAGUCUCCAAUGAAUCCGAAGAGAUUUACUCACCAGUAGUUUCAGAAUAUUUACCACCUCAAGAAAACGCUCCAUCUGUUUUAACACCUGAUGCCGAUACAGAAUCAAUAAAUGAUGAAUUCAUAGAAAAUUACAAUAAUGAACAAAUAGAGGAUAUUUUACGUGAAAUUGUGCAAAACCAAGAACUUAGUGAUGCAAUAAAACCUGGAAUACGAACCUCUAAAGAACAAAGUAAUGUAAUAGGGAAUGGUAGUCAAACUAACGCAGAAGAGCCUAGAAUUUCGUCACACAUUAAUGCUAAAGAAAAAAGAAAUAUCCGAAGAAAGUUAACCCAGGAAGGAAGAGAUUUUGAAUAA